GCCGCCGACACCGGGACAGGCAGCGGGAGCGGCUCCGGGAGCGGGGCCGGAGCCCCGGCCGGGCUCAUGCAGGGCUCGGCGCGGCGCCGGCCGUUCCCGGCCGCGGCCCCGGGGUCCCCCCCGCCCGCCGGGCCGCUCUACCCGGGCAGGCACGGGGCGGUGAAGGCUGAGGACACCUUCAAGACGUCCCCGUUCCACCUGGACCUGUGGUUCUACUUCACCCUGCAGAACUGGGUGCUGGAUUUCGGGCGCCCCAUUGCCAUGAUUAUCCUCCCUCUGGAAUGGUUUCCUCUGAACAAGCCCAGUGCUGGGGAUUAUUUCCACAUGGCUUACAACGUUAUCACACCCUUCUUGCUGCUGAAGCUCAUCGAGAGGUCCCCCAAAACCCUGCCCAGGUCCAUGGUCUACGUCAGCAUCAUCACCUUCGUGAUGGGCGCCAGCAUCCACCUGGUGGGAGACUCGGUGAACCACCGGCUCAUCUUCAGCGGGUACCAGCACCACCUGUCCGUCAGGGAGAACCCCAUCAUCAGGAACCUCAAGCCUGAGACCCUGAUCGACUCCUUCGAGCUGCUCUACUACUACGACGAGUAUUUGGGGCACUCCAUGUGGUACAUCCCGUUUUUCCUGAUCCUCUUCAUCUAUUUCACCGGCUGCUUCACCCCCGUGGCAGAGCAGAGCAGGAUGCCCGUGGCUGCCGUGCUCCUCAUGGGGCCCAGCAGCCUCUACUACUGGUACCUGGUGACAGAGGGCCAGAUCUUCAUCCUCUACAUCUUCACCUUCUUCGCCAUGAUGGCUUUGGUGAUGCACCAGAAGCGGAAGGGGCUGGUGCUGGACAGCAACGGGCUCUUCCUCUUCUACUCCUUCAUCAUCGCCCUGCUCCUCAUCGCGGGCUGGGUGGGGUGGCUCUGGAACGACAAAAUCCUCAGGAAGAAAUAUCCCGGCGUGAUCUACAUCCCCGAGCCCUGGGCCUUCUACACGCUGCACAUGAGCAACCUCCACACGGCCAGGGAGAGCUUCUGAGUUUUGAUAUUUGAGAGGGGUUUGGAAAGGGGAGGGGAGGGGGGCAAUAGAACUCUAGUUUUUCUAAUGUAGAUUGAUGUAUUUCGAAUAAAUUCCUGACCAGCGGUA